AUGGCAUACGUAACAGAAAAAAUAAACAAUGGUAUUAAAAUUGAAGAAACAAAUUUAAAGGAAUAUAAAAAUAAUUUAGAAAAAGAUACGUGCGAAGGAGGAGAAGAAAUAAUAUACGCGAUGGAAGAAAACAGGAACAUACCAUGUAUAAAUAAAAAAGCCGCAGAAUAUAGUAAUAAAAACAAUUUAUCAAAAAGUAAAGAAAUUAUGAUGAACGUUGAAGUAACGCAUACAAAGAACGCACGCACGGAAGAAAAAAUGAAAUAUAUUAGCAGGAACAAUAUAGACGAUGAGAAUAAGAAGAAGAAUUACCAAAAUGGAUGCCCAAAUGGAUGCCCAAAUGGAUAUCAAAGUGAUUUCCGAAGUGAUUUCCGAAGUGAUUUCCGAAAUGAUUUCCAAAGUGAUUUCCGAAGUGAUUUCCGAAAUGAUUUCCAAAGUGAUUUCCGAAAUGAUUUCCAAAGUGAUUUCCGAAGUGAUUACCGAAGUGAUUACCGAAGUGACUGCCAAAGUGAGUACCAAAAAAAUUACUCGCAUGAGGGUGAAAACAUAGGAAAUGAACAUUUUAAGCAUGCGGAAUCUUUAAGUACCAAUGACAAUUCAUCAAACUUGGGUACAUUACAUGAUGAUAUGAUGGAGGAAAAGAACAGAGAAGAAGAUGAGGAAUACCAGAACGAAGAGGAAAAUCAACCUGUCCAAAGGUGUAAUUUGUCAAAAAAGAAUAUAAGCAUUGAAUUGUUAAAAAUAUGUGAUGCUUUAAAAAAUUUAGGAAAUAAAUAUUUUAAAGAAAAUAAUUAUGUAAUUUCUCAAAAGUAUUAUACUGGAGCCAUUGAUAUAAUAAAAAAAUAUUAUGAGGAAGAAGAUCCUAGUUAUAUAGAAAAAUUAAAUAAAAUAACAACUGAUACAUUGUCUAGUGAAAUACAAGUAAAUAAAGAAGAUAAAAAUGCAUUGAUAGAAUAUUAUAAAAAUAGUGUUAUAUCAAAAAGUAGUGAUUAUAUUAGUAUAAACGAAACGGAUUUAUAUAUAUAUUAUACAAACAGAUCCUUUUGUCAUAUGAAAUUAGAAAACUAUGGUUUAUCUAUACAAGAUAUAGAUGAAGCAAUAAAAAUUAAUCCAUUUUAUGCAAAAGCAUAUUAUAGAAAAGGGUGUUCAUUUUUACUAUUAUCAGAUUUAAAAAAUGCGUCUGAAUGUUUUCAAAAAGUAUUAAAAUUAACAAAAGAUAAAAAUUCUGAAAUGAAACAAAAACAAUGUAAAAAGCUCCUUUUCGAGCAACAGUUUCAAAAAGCUAUAGAAAUAGAACAAAAAGUACCAUAUUACGAAACAUUAGUUCUAGAUACACUUAAAAUAGAGAAUGAAGAAGCCCCCAUAUAUGACCGAAAUAAUUUAAAUAUCGAUUUUUUAAAAAAAGUAGUAGACUAUAUAAGUGUACCUAAACAAAAAUUAAAUAAAAAAUGUGUAUGUGCAAUUGUGUUAGAUAUAAUUAAAUUGUUAAAAGAACUUCCUACAUUAGUUUAUUUAAAUUUACAACCAGAAGAAACUUUAACUGUAUGUGGUGAUAUACAUGGACAAUUUUAUGAUUUAUUAAAUAUAAUGAAAAUAAAUGGUUAUCCAGCAGAAAAUAAUUCUUAUUUAUUUAAUGGUGAUUUUGUUGAUAGAGGUAGUUUCUCAUGUGAAGUUAUAAUAUUUUUAUAUUUAGCCAAAUUAACAUUUCCAAAUAAUGUACAUUUAACAAGAGGUAAUCAUGAAACUGAUAAUAUGAACAAGCUUUACGGUUUUUUAGGAGAAUUACAAGAAAAAUAUGAUGAAAAAAUGCAUGUAUUAUUUUCGGAUUCAUUUAAAUUUCUUCCAUUGGCAUAUGUAUUAAAUAAAACGAUUUUUAUAUGUCAUGGAGGUAUUCCAAGUAAUACUAAUACAACUUUAGAAGAUAUUGAAAAAAUUGAUAGGAAUACUGAACCAUUAGAUGAAGGAGUUAUGACAGAUUUGUUAUGGUCAGAUCCCAAUGAAGAAAAAGGAUUUAAACCAUCCAAAAGAGGUAUAGGCUUUUCUUUCGGUACGGAUAUUACCGAAAAUUUCUUAAAAAAAAAUAAUCUUACUCUUAUAAUCCGAUCACAUGAAGUAAGAGAUGAAGGAUAUUCCAUUGAACAAAACGGUCAGUUAUACACUGUUUUCAGUGCCCCCAAUUAUUGUGAUAUUAUGAAAAAUAAAGGAGCAUUUUUAAAGUUCAAGGGGAAUUCUGUCAAACCGGAAUGUGUUACAUUCACCGAAGUAAAACAUCCCAAUGUGCCGUCACUUAAAUAUGCGCAUAAUUUGUAUCAAAAUAUUUAA